UACAAGGCGCGUUGCUACUUGUCUGAACGUCAACCUCAGAGUGCCAUAUUUACUCUCCCAGUCUUGUCACUUGUGGCCAAGAAUUAACUGUUUUCUGUGAGGUACAAGAACAGAUAUCAAGAUGCCAGUACCGAGCGACGCAGAACCAGUCUAUUCUCCCUUCUUUGGAGCUAUGGGAGCCUCAGCAGCCAUGAUAUUUAGCGCCCUGGGAGCAGCAUAUGGCACGGCAAAAUCUGGCGUGGGUAUCGCCGCCAUGUCAGUGAUGCGGCCUGAACUUAUAAUGAAAUGUAUCAUUCCUGUGGUUAUGGCUGGUAUCAUUGCUAUUUAUGGCCUGGUCGUCGCCGUCCUCAUCGCAGGCAAGCUUGACUCGGCUAUGGGAGGAUACACCUUAUAUAUGGGAUUUGUCCACCUUGGCGCCGGGCUCAGUGUUGGACUGUCUGGUCUGGCCGCUGGAUUUGCUAUUGGAAUCGUAGGCGACGCUGGUGUGAGGGGAACUGCCCAACAACCACGACUGUUUGUGGGUAUGAUCCUCAUCCUCAUCUUUGCUGAGGUACUGGGUCUCUAUGGUCUGAUCGUAGCUAUCUUCUUGUAUACCAAGACUUCAUCAUAAAUACAACACAAGUAUACAAAAGCAGUGUCAUCAUCCUGGCCUGCACCACUUAUAUAUCCCUGCCUAAACACUGGAUUACUACCAAGGCAAAUUUUGAGGGAAUGCUCCGUUGCAGUUGAACCAUUGGGGUUGUGGUCAGGUGGUGCUAGUCUGUCGAUGCCUACGAUAUCUGUACAGUAACUAACUAAUUAACUAACUUUUCAUCCACAUAUGACUAAAAUAAAUCCAGAUUACACUGAACACAGUGGCAAAUAGGGAAGUAUUGAGUUUUCAUUUAUGUAACCUUGAUGUGUAAUGGAUAGUUUCCAAUCAAAAUAUAUCUAAAGGGUCUUUUAAAAUAAAGAAUGUCACGACGUAGCUAGCACCAUCUACGAGAAACACGACCGAGGCAGAACUGCAUUGUUAAUGACUCGGGAGCUCAUCUUCAAACAUAAUAUUACAAUUUACCUCCUAUAAUGAUGAAAUGUGUUUUGAAAAAGAGUCAAAUAUCUUCAGAUUAAAAUAUCUGAAUGCUGUAGUAUUUCUCUGAUAAUUUACUGAAACAUAGAGUAUCAUUUAUAGUGUGGAUACUUAGGUACAGUACAGCCUAAUAGCAUUCCAUUAUAAUUUAGUUGAAAAGAGUAAAUUUUAGACUUGUAAGUACAGUACAGGACUAGACUGUACUAUACUGUAAUCACUUUUGAAAUGGAAAUGUUAUGGUUUGUUGUCAUGGUUGUUAAUAAAAGAUAUAUGCAUAUAUACAUACAUAUAUGUUCUAUAUGUCAACUGUUUGUGAAGAUCAUUACUAUUGGCAGUGUAAACCAAGAUGUUGGGUCAUAUGAGGCAUUGUGCAGAAGACCUGUAUUACUUAAUUAGGUUUGAAUAUUUAUAACUCUAGCAUAGUAAAUGUUUCAGUACAGUAUUUUCUGAUUACCAUCUUUAAAAGAGUUUUACUUUGAAAAUUAUUUGACUUAUUUUUUACUUUGUACUACAAGGUUGUUAAUAUGUAUAAUAUUUAUAAUAAAGACAUUUAGUAGUGUAUUUUUAGAUAAUUGGGUUUUUGUGAAUACAUUUGAAUAUUGGGAAAAAAAAUCUGCAUUAUAAUAUAAAACGUGCAUUGUAUCUACGUUUUUUUUAAACCAUUUGUUUCCAGCAGCUUAAAUGUGUGGACUGGCUCUUAUUAAAUUGUUCUCUCUGUUAAAGGUUCAUAUAGCUAUUUAAUGCCAACAUGAAAAUUUAAACUUGGUUCGAUUGGUAUUUUUGCUUUGUGUGACAUUCUGAUUUUCAUUAUGGUGAUCCUAAUGCUCGCUCUGUUGGGUGUAGAUAUUUUUUUAUGAAAGCACAAUUUCAGUAUUUAGUAAAAAGAGAAUAGUCAUGAAGCAAAGGCCUUCAUAUAGUUACAUUCCUGUCAUGUACUAUCAUAAAUAUAUAAUAUAAUUUUGUUGACGGAUUACUAGGAUUUUAGUCAAAGUUGAACACGUUGGAAGUUCAUGAAUGCACUGAUACAAAUAUUAAGAAAACACCUAUAAUACUGUACAGCAUUGCUAAGUAUAGUUAUAAUACCCACAGUGAUGACACAACUCUCUUUAAAUAGAUGUGUAAUGUGUUUCAUGCAUUAUUAAAAAAAAAAAAGUGUUGUACUUAUCGAAGUGUAUUACUUGGACUCCAUUGUGUUGUAAUGGAUAAAAUACUUGGGUUUCAAUUUCACUUCCUUACAUACUGUAUGUGAAAAUGUGAGCAUUUCUCAGAUUCUCAAGAUAUCUGUAGAACUUUUAGAAUCAAAUGAAUAAUCCAUAUCUACAUAAGAUUUUAAAUGGCUUAAUUUCACUGCACUGUUUCUCGGUAAUAGUCAAACAAACAACACCAUUUAUGUAACUGUUCCAAAUGGAUGUUUGUGACCCUGUAUAGCCAAUACUCAAUCUGUGUCUGAAUGUUAAUAUGACGGAAAUAGAUGUGUUGCAAUAGGAUGUUGUUCGGGUUAGUCACUCCCUGCCGAUCAAUUUUUGUCUUUUGAGUGUAUUAUCAGUGCAGAAGUCAGUCAGUAUUGAGGUGGUAUGUGUGUAUGUACAGUAACCUAGGUAGAGAUUGGUGUAAAAGUUGUUCCAUUAAAAUAUAUGUCCAA